UUUCCCGCGAUUACCCGGGAGAGAACAGCAAUGGUUGAAACUGCUGUACGGCCCAGACCUCAUUUCUCUACUUUCCUCCUCAGCGAUGCCAACGCUGGAGGAGACGGGCUCUCCUUUCAUGAAUACAAGAGACUCCUCCGCUCACAAAGAGUGAGUUUACUUCAGGAGAAGCAGUCUCGUUCAAGAGUCCCUGGCUAUAAAUGGAGCCUCCCUCCUAAAGAUUGUUCUAGAGUACUGACUAGAGGGAACAAGACUGAAGAUAAAGGAAUCCAAACCAGCAGCACUAAUGAAGAGAAGGAACUAACUGAGGAAGGAGCGGAUCAAAAUAAAGAGCUAGUAGACUAUCCGCAAACUGUAACUGAUCAUAAAAAUGUUUGCAUUAUUCCUCCUCCAGUCACUAAUUUAACAUCACGUGAAGCAAGGAGGCUGAAGUCGGGUGCAAGAUCUGCAGUAACAGCAAGAGUGAUGGUUAAACCUAGUGGCUAUCAUGAUACAGCCAGACCACAGACAGCAAGAUGUAUUGGAGGAGACACAAGAGAUGAAGCAAAGGAAGAAGAGUAUGAGAGGAGUGAAGAGUAUGGGCCUCCCUGGAAAAUGCCUGGAAGCAAUGAAAGCGCAGUGGUUGAUGUUGAUAAGUUGUUGCAUUCUUAUCGUUGGGAUAGUUCAACUAAAAGAGGCUACAAUGAGGUGCCAUGGGAUAACAAGUUACCUCCAGGAACACUGCACAGUCCAUCAAACACAUCAAUACUCUCCCUCCCUGAUCCAGUCUCUCUGAGGUUCACCAACAAAAGGAAUGAGCUCUAUCCCAGCCAAUGGCAGUCAUUGGGUAGUGCUUGGGAUGGAGUGCAGAGUAGAAAUGGUUUUACUUCACUUAACAAUUCAUUUUUCUCACCAUUCAAAAAUACACUACAUGUACCAGGAUACUCGGGACACACGUUUGGCGAGCCUGACAGGAUUAAUGGAGACUUUGCAGCUGUAGCUAUACAGAGGAAGACACCUCAUCCAACCAGCACAUCAAAGAAGCCCAAUAUUCCUGGAUAUACAGGUUGCUCUCAUUGGUCUAAUGAUAGAGAAGCACUGAGUAGAUUACCUCAACCAAACCAAUACACCAUUGACUUCACUAAAAGGUCAGUGCCUGCUCCAGAUUAUAAAUGUUCUCCAUUUGUUCGAACCAGUCCUCUAUCUAAAAUGAUAACACUAGUCUCUCCAUUCAAUCCUUACAAUAAAAUAGAACACAAUGAUUAUUAAAUUAUUAACUUAAUUUAUCAUUAAAUAUUAUAUUAGUUCACUAGUAUUACAUGUAUUUUCCAACAGUUGCCAAUUUUUUGAAACAAAAAAUUAGAAAAAAACUCUUCAAAAA